AUGCAAACCAUUGAAGACUUUUUCCGACAUAUUCAUCCGCUUUCCUAUUUCGCCUUUCUUCACAAAGCUUCAGUGAUACAAGGAUACCUCAAAGGCCAUGCUGAUGCUGCAUUUAUCUUUGCGCUCUGUGGCGUCACAAGUCAGAUGAUGGGAUCAACAUUAGAGACCCAGCAGCAAGCCGCCAAAUGGAUCAAGGAAGCUGAAACUGUGGUGCUGCAGAGCCUGGGCAAACCAUCUAUCCUCAAGAUCCAGGUAAUCCUGCUAAUUAUUGGGUACAAAGUGCACAUUGAUGCCAUGUCGUCCGCAUUUAUGCUUCUACCACUGGCUGCAAGGUUUGCCUUUGCGAUGAGACUUAAUUACGAGAACCCGUCAUUGUGUUGGCUCGCCCAGGAAUCGAGAAGACGAGUCAUGUGGGCAAUCUUCAUUCUCGAUACCAAAGCAGCAGCAGGUCUUGCAGAAUUUACCACCUGCGCUUUGGACACGAUUCAUGUACAGUUACCAUGUCGAGAAGAGGACUUCGAGCUCGACAAUCCACAAGUUACUGGCAGCUUGAAGUCAAUUUCCCAGCAGCCUCCGACAUCAAUCGGCCUUUUUACACAGUACAUUCGUAUCAUCAAUAUCAGAGAUCGCAUUCUCAGGUUCACUAAACAUGCCGCGGGAAGUGGCAGAAUUGACUCCAAUCCAGCACAAACCGUGCGAGAUUUUGAGGGUGAAUUGCACCUAUUCGCAAGCACGCUUCCACAGUCGCUGGCUUUCUCGGAAAGAAACCUGUUGCUUCGUGCAUAUUCCUCAGAAUUGUCCCAAUACAUUAUGGUCCACAUCUGGUGGCAUCAAUGUCAUUGUGACCUCUAUCGGCUUCUCUUUGACGGCUUCCGGGAGGCCAUUUCAAAAAGGGUGCUUCUCAGCAUUGACCCGGAGCUAAUCGCUUAUUGUCGAUCCAGAUGCCUUGACCAUGCUCGAGCCAUAGCAGCAGAUAUAUUUGCGACACUACUUGCCGUUGAGGUGGACGUCAAAGUUGUGGAUAAGGACAUAUCUGUUUGUGCCUAUCAGAGCGCUAGGAUUCUGUACCAAGGGCUUCAACCAAGUGCCGAGCGGUCCUCUAUACUUAAUGAGACCGUGUUGGCACAGAUCGGUAAUUGUUCUGCGGUCUUAAGGAAGCUCUGCGCGAAUUUCCCCGCGGCGUUAGAUAUUGCACAAGAAAUUGACGCUAAGCUUGGAGGUCAGAUCUCAAGCAGUUCAUCCCUGAGCGGACCAAGUUCACCAGCUUGUUCAGUCAUGGCGUCGUCUGAGCCUUCAGCUGUGCAAAGAAAGCCCCGAGUGAGACAGGUUUUGUCACGCCACAGCUUUGUCAGAGCAUCUGGUUUCACUGACGACAGCUCGGAACUAGUAGCACCACUCAAUACUAUGAUUGCCAAACGACAAGAGCACGUAUAUGCAUUCAGUCCCAGCCCCAGCGUGUUGCGAGACGGCCAUCCCCAAAAUCCCAAGUCCUCUGGCGGAAAUGCCGGAAUAGGGCUCAGUGCGGACACUGGAAACCCUAAUUCAGUUGUGUUCAACACCCCACUCCUUCCCUACGCCUCUGCGGAAGGCUCAGCAGAUCCUUCAGCUAUUGUCCCUCGAGAUGGAUGUGAAAGUGUUGUAGGUGGCGAUUGGGCUAACGAUGGCGCAUACCAAAUGGCCUGGUCCUCAUUCGAUCCUUGGAUAAGUGGGACCUACCAUCAGGAUAACUGGGACGUGCAAGAUUUCAUGACUGGGAAAUGGGAUUAG